CCACCAGUGGCCCUGUAAUCUAACUUUUAUUGUGACUGAAAAUACAAAUGAAACGCAUAGGCUACAUAGCCUUUAUACCACAGUAUCCUAUGCCUAGUUUUAUUUGGGAGGUUAAACAUUUUCACUAUUGGUUUACAGACAGAAGAAAUAAAAGUGUACAGUACAUCAAAGUAAAUAGAUUGGCAGCAGUUGACUCCAAUUCAAGCACUGUACAAAGAAAGAAACAGUCGGAGCCGCGGCGUGUCGCAUUUAUUCUCGGGACAAGCGCUCGUGCUGCAUGAGUCACGCACGAGAGGAGAGUGGACGUGAAUAUUCAGCAGUGGAGUCAGAGCUCAGUGCGUAAUACGGAGACGCCGGGAACCCCCAGUCUACGAGCAAAGACAUGGAAGUUUGCAAAGGACGUUUUCUGGGCAUUUCGGUGGCCGUCGCGCAUGGAUUUUUUUCGGGAUCGCUGAAUAUUUUGUUAAAAUUCCUAAUCACGACCUAUAGCUUCACGUAUCUUACUUUAAUUCAGUGUCUGACCAGCGGCACUGCGGCUCUUACAUUAGAGGUGCUGAGGAGACUGGGCAAAAUAGAUAUACCACCCUUCAGCUUCCAGUUAGUGAAAGUUUUUGCGAGUGUCUGUGUUUUGGCAACUUUGCAGUCCACAUUAACCCUCUGGUCUCUCAGGGGACUGAGUUUACCCAUGUAUGUUGUGUUUAAGCGAUGCUUGCCCUUGGUAACAUUGGGGAUUGGAGUGUGUGUGCUGAAGAACGGGAUCCCAUCAGCUGGGGUAAUAACAGCGGUUCUCAUCACCACUGGAGGAGCAGCACUGGCUGGUGCUGGAGAUCUAACAGGUGACCCUUUUGGCUACGUGACUGGCAUUUUAGCUGUGAUUGUCCACGCCUCCUACUUGGUGCUCAUCCAAAAAACGAGUGGAGACAGUGAUUAUGGGCCGCUCACAGCCCAGUACACUAUUGCAGUGGUGGCCUCUCCCAUUCUCUUCAUCUGUUCCAUUGUAAGCAUGGAUGCCAUUGACAUGUGGACGUAUGAAGGUUGGAAGAACCCAUAUAUCACAGGCAUCUUCUGUACCUGCAUCCUCAUCGGCUGUGCGAUGAACUUCACCACACUGCACUGUACCUAUAUCAACUCAGCUGUCACCACCAGUUUUGUGGGGGUGGUCAAGAGUAUAGCUACUAUCACUGUGGGCAUGUUCGCCUUCAGUGACGUGAUGCCAACCAAACUGUUUGUGGUAGGCGUGGUAGUGAACACCAUUGGCUCCAUCACCUACUGUGUGGUGAAAUAUCAUGAAACCAAAAAGAAGUUAACCUACCAGGAUAUGGACGAGUCCGCUAAGGAUGAAGAACUUCCAGGAGAACCUUAUGUGGAACCAGCCAAGCCUGAUGGAGAUAUGGAAACUCUUCCAAAUGAUCUGGAGAGCGUUCCCAAUGGCAGUCUGACAGCAUCAGUUGACAGCCAUGACCAGGGUCCAGUUUGUGAGAAUAAAGUGGCAGAGUCCAUAGAAUUAGAAAAACCGGGGAUCCCAUCAGACGAUCCUACGAGACAAUCUCUGAGCGACAGUUAUGUAGGGGUCUGGAGAUCCAUUCGCACCUUAAAGUUCUUUAAGAAAGACACUUUACUUGACAACAUGGAGGUUCAAAGUCCUUGAUGAUUGGUUUCCCGCUUGACAGAAGUGCAUGUUAAAUUUAAGUAUUGUUUAACUGAUGUUGUGAACAAUGUUUGCCUUUUUUCUGUCAUGAACAUGAUUUUAUGAAAAAGAUUUAUUUUUUAUAAAAAGGUAUAGUCUGUUUGUACAUUAGAGGGAGAAUAACUAUUAAGGAAUCCCCAAUAACAGAUGUGCCAUUUUAUUGACUUAAAACAAAAAUAUCCUUUUAUUUUAGGAUCAGUGUGAAAUUAAUUUGGGAGAAAAUCAAAUAUCUUAAUAGUCCACUCAAAUAUGACAAUUCUGUCAUCAUUUACUCAUCUUCAUUUCUUUCCAAACCUGUAUGACAUUCUUUUUUCUGUGGAGCAUAAAAGAUGAUAUUUUGAAGAAUGUUGGGAACACUUUAGUUUCCCAGUGACUUCCAAUGUAUGGACAAAAAAGGGAAGUCAUUGAGAACCAAAACUGUUUGAUUUAACAAAAUAUUCUUCCAAAUAUUUGUGUGUGUGUGUGUGUGUGUGUGUGUGUGUGUG